GUGGGCUUUUAGGAGUGGGUUGUUUUCUGGGUUUUACAAAAGGAAUGGACAAAUAGUUGGAUGUUUCUUUCUUGUGAGCCUCUUUUUCGUACCUUGACCUUUUCAGAAAAGUGCCAGUAUAUGGGAGUCGGCUCUCGUUUAAGAAGCUGUGUUUGUGUUUAAGUGCUUCUUGCAGCUCCUGGCGGAAACUCGCAGCAGGAGGGUUCUGAGAGGGCCCUUGGACUGUGAAUCCUCUGCUGCCUCGAUGUUAAAACUGACAAGUCUCAGUUUGUAGAUAUUCUUCAUUGGAGUGGAAUCAUCAAGAACAAGAAGAUCCAAUUUUAGGUGGUGUGGACCCACAUGAUGCAUGUGUUCCUGCGGUUGUCUUAUCAUGGCUGAAAAUGACAUGGACAGAAUCCAGACCGACAGACUCCUAAAAAGAGUGCAAGAACUGGAGCAGGAGGUACAGAGACUUAAAAAAGAACAGGCCAACACCAAGGACUCAAAUAUCAGAGAAAGCUCUUCGGGAGCCGGGAAGGCCAAGCGUGCAUUUGAUUUCAGUGCUCACGGUCGGAGGCACGUAGCCCUGAAGAUAGCCUAUCUGGGCUGGGGAUACCAGGGCUUUGCCAGCCAGGAAAACACAAACAAUACAAUUGAGGAGAAACUGUUUGAGGCUCUGACCAAGACUCGACUAGUAGAGAGCAGACAGACAUCCAACUAUCACCGGUGUGGGCGGACAGACAAAGGAGUCAGUGCCUUUGGACAGGUGAUUUCUCUUGACCUUCGGUCUCACUUUCCAAAGGACAGGGAUUCAGAGGAUUUCAGCGUAAAAGAUGGAGCCAGCAAUGCUGCUGAAGAGAUCCGCUAUACUCACAUCCUCAAUCGGGUGCUGCCUCCAGACAUCCGAGUACUGGCCUGGGCCCCUGUGCACCCGAGCUUCAGCGCUAGGUUCAGCUGUCUUGAGCGGACGUACCGCUACUUUUUCCCUCGCGCAGAUUUAGACAUCGUGACCAUGAACUGUGCGGCUCACAAGUAUGUUGGCACACACGACUUUAGGAACCUGUGUAAAAUGGAUGUAGCUAACGGAGUGAUAAAUUUCCAGAGGACUAUUCUGUCUGCUCAGGUGAAGCUCGUGGGCCAGAGCCUGGCUGAGGACAGCUGGCAAGAACCUUUCCAGUUAUGUCAGUUUGAAGUGACCGGCCAGGCGUUCCUCUACCACCAGGUCCGCUGCAUGAUGGCGGUCCUUUUUCUAAUUGGCCAAGGGCUGGAGAAGCCAGAGGUUAUUGAUGAGCUGCUAAAUGUAGAGAAAAAUCCCCAGAAACCUCAAUACAGUAUGGCUGUAGAAUUUCCUCUGGUCUUAUACGACUGUAAGUUUGAAAAUAUCGAGUGGAUCUAUGACCGGGAGGUUCAGGAGUUCAAUGUUACCCACCUGCAGCAACAGUGGGCAAACCAAGCCGUGAAGACUCACCUGCUGUACAGUAUGCUGCAGGGACUCGACUCUGUCGCGGUGCCCUGGGGGACAGGUACGACAGGGAAAUCGCGGAUGAAGUUACUUACCAGAACCACGUUAUACAGGGUCAUGGGGAGGGUUCAGAGAUGGAAGAAGCGAGAAGCACACGUGAGACGGAGACUGUUUACACGCACCCGGAAACCUGGGCCCCGUGUGCACAUGUAUGAAAGCCCGCCUGCAAGUGUCUGAUUUGUCAUGCUGCCCUUUCAAAAAGCAAAUAAGAUGUUCACUGCCCAUGUGAGUUUGCAUAGAGCAGCACUGCCUCAGUGUCUUAUUUUCUGGGACAAAUUAAACAAUGAAAUGUAGUCAGUUAAAAGAUUUCAUUUAUUUAUUUUUUAGAGAGGGGAAGGGGGGAGAAAGAAGAGAAACAUCAAUGUGUGGUUGCCUCUCAGACACCCGCUACUGGGGACCUGGCUCAACAACCCAGGCAUGUGCCCUAGACUGGGAGUUGAACUGGCGACCCUUUGAUUCACAGGCUGGCGCUCAACUACUGAGCCACACUGGCCAGGGCUUAAUCAGUUAAAUGUCUGAUAAACUGGUGUAGUGCCAGGCACAACACUAGGUGACAGUGACUUAACUGAAGUACAGCAUCUCCUAUGAAGGUUAGCAGCCUGGUGCUGUGUGAGCCACAAGUGGUCUCUGCUGCGUGUUUUUUCUCCAACCUUUUACACGUGUAAAAAACACUGUUAGCCCACAGGCCGUGGAGUUUGUAACCCCUAGCCUAGUGGUUUAAGGAAAGCUCUCACAGAAUCCCAGCUAAAGCUUGCAGAACAAAUGGGAGCCAGCUGAAGUGGAGACAGCAGCAGAACUUUAAGGUGGCUAAGGCAGAGACGCAGUUUGUGUAAAGAUCACCACAUUGCGUUCAAGUAACUGUAAAUAUGUAGUAUGGUUUGAGAGUGACAACAGCAGUUUAGAAAAGUAAGCGAGGGUCAUGUCUGAAGAGCCUUGCAGGCCUUCCUAAAAAGGCUUAGAUUUUUAUCCUGAGGCAUCCCUGAAAAAAAAUUAGAAGCCAGAAUUGCUCAGUGUACACUGUGGACUAGAAGAAGAGGGCAAGCCAAUGGGACCAAUUAGGAGGCUGUUGGAGUAACCCAGGAAAUGAUGGCCUAGGCUAGAUUUGUCGUAAAGGGAAUAGAGAGGAGUACAUGAAUUUGAUAUUAAGAAAGGGUCAACAGGACUUUCGAUGAAUGUAAGGCUCAAGAGUAAGGAGGCUUUCAGAACUUCCAGGUUUCAGAUUUGAAGGCCAUCUGAAACAGGGCAACUUGGAUGGACCUGGAGAAUUCUAUGCUAAGUGAAAUGUCAAACAGAGAAAGAGAAAUGCCAUGUGACUUCACUUACAUGUAAAAUCUAAAAAAACAAAAUGAACAAAGCAGAAACAGACUCACAGAUGCAGAAAACAAACUAAGGGUUGCCAAGUGGGAAGACUGGGUGAAAAGGGGGAGGGAUUAAGAAGCUACAAAGUAGUCACAUGGAUGUAUAGGAAAUGCAGACAAUAAAAUUGUAAUAACUGGUGCCAGGUGAUACCAGAAUAAUGGGGGGGGUCCCUUUGUAAAUUACAUCACUGUAAUUUGUAAAUUACAUCAUUGUCAUGCUGUAAACCUGAACAAAUAUAAUACUGUCUGUCAACUGUAAUGAAAAAUAAAAGUACAAAUCACUCCUGA